UAUAAGUAUACUUUAACUCUAUGAAUUAUUAUAUUUAUUCCUUUGAAAAAAAAUUAUUAUAUUAAUUUAUUGAUACAUAGAAAUGUACAAAAUUAACAGAUCCCGAUCAUAUUCAAAGAUUAAGAUCUGAAUGAAGACUAUUCUUUUCGAUAAUUUAACAGAUCCUCAUUAUAUUAAAAGAUCAAGAUUUGAACGAAGAAUAUUCUUUUUCGAUAAAUUAACAGAUCCCGAUCAUAAUAAAAUAUCAAGUUUUGAAGGAAGAAUAUUCUUUUUCGAUAAAUUAACAGAUCCCGAUCAUAUUCAAGGAUCAAGUUUUGAAGGAAGAAUAUUACUUUUCGAUAAAUUAUUAGAUCCCGAUCAUAUUCAAAGAUCAAGAUUUCAACAAAGAAUAUUCUUUUUCGAUAAAUUAACAGAUCAUAAAAGAUCAUUCAUUGAUAUCAUUGUUAUAUUUCAUAGAUUUCAUAUUUUGAAAGUUCAUUAAUUAUUGAUUUAUUAAAAGGGGGGAAGAAAAUAGUUUAUCACUAAUGGAAUAUUAUAUAAUUAAUUAUUAAUUAAAUAAAUAAUUAUUAAUUCUAUUUAUAUAUAAUGAGAAGAUUUUCUACAUCUUCAAGUACAUCAACAAAUCAAAGACAAAUGUUUCCACCUUCAUUACCUGCACCACCUUAUCCAGCUCCAGAUCUUAGUCCAGUAAAAAACAAAUCACGAAGAACAUCUGCACCAGCUGUAUCACAUCGAAGUUACGAAGUUGUUGACAGUUGUAACAACAACAGAAAUAGCCAACGUAUUAAUAUUGAAAUUAUGGAUAUGAACAAAUAUCAUGUUAAAGCGGAUGAAAAAAUUAUGAAUGAUUUAUCUCCAAAAUAUUUACUUCAUAGUCCACCACAAUCAUUAGUUGCAGAAAGUGUUUCUCAUUCUGAAUUUGAUAGUUUACUCAUAGCUAAUGAAGGUUUUUCUAUAGAAAACGAUUUCAUCAAUAAAAUUAAAAAUAAUUCAGUAUCUAAGUCAAACCUUUCACAGUAUAGUGAAGAAAGCUUAUUAACAACACUUGUUCAAUGUCAAUAUCAAACAGAAAACUAUAUGAAUCACAAAUUCAAAAGAAAAAUCAAUCUAACUAGCCAUGAUACCUGCUUUAAAUCAUUAAAGCCUACUUCAUCUAAUAUUUUUAAUCCUAUCAAAUUACCAGAUCAACCAUGCCUUAAUCAAAGAUUAAUGAAUGAUUAUGAUAAUUUUAAUAAAAUCAAUAUAUUAAAUAAUGAUAGUACCAUUGCAUUCAAUGAUAUUUCAGGCAUUAAAACAACAAAAACUUAUCAUCGAUUUAUUAUAUCAAACAAACAAAACCCUAAAUCUACCAAUCAUACCCCAUUAGAUAAAAUGAAUAUAAACCAUAGAAAUAUUGAUUUAAAAACAAUAAAUAAAGUUGAAUUAGCUAAACGUUAUUGGGAAAAUUAUUUUAAACCAAAACCACCAAGAAUUACAAAAAACAAAAUUAUAGAAAAUAAUCUAAUGACUAAAUCUACUACUAUAAAUAUUAAUAAUAAAUUAACAGAUCUAUGUUUACAAUCUACUAAUAAUGAUUAUAACUAUCAAAACUAUAAUAUUAAAAAUUGUAUAGAUAACAAAUAUGAUUUUGUUAAUAAUCAAAGACAAUAUAAGCAUAAUGAUAAUGAAUAUGUACAAAUUUCACAAUUUGGAAUUUUAUCAACAUGUACAAGUUCAAAUUCAUCAACAACUAAUUCAAUUAUAAAUCAAUCAGAAUUUUUUCCCCUUACCAAUAAUAAUAAUAAUAAUAAUAAAACAAAAUAUAUUGGGAAAGGUUAUUCUCCAUCAUUUAUACGUUUAAUUAAUGAUUAUGAAUUCAAUAAUAUUGAAAAAAAUCAACAACAAAAUUCUUAUGAAUUAAUACAAUUAUUAUAUAAGGAGAAUCAAUUACAUAAUCAUUAUUCUUCUAAUUCAACAUUAAAUCAUAUUGAAACUACAGAAACAUUUGAAAAGCAUAAUAAUACUACUAACAAUACUACUAAUAAUAAUACUAAUAAUAAUAGUACUAAUGGUAAUAAUGGUAAUAGUACUAAUAGUAAUAAUAAUAAUAGUAAUAAUAGUAAUAAUAAUAAUAAUAAUAAUAGAGAUUUAAAUGAUUCAGCUAAAGAAAUUAUAAUAAAUAAAAAAUAUUUAUAUCAAAAUAAUAUCGAAUUUCCCAAUUAUAAUAAUCAUGAAUAUUUAGAUUAUUAUAAUAAUUUUUUACACCCCCAAUCGGUCACUUUGAGACGUCAUUGUAUUUAUUUAGAUAAUAAUAAUAAUGAUAAUAGUAAUAAUAAUAGUAAUAAUCACAGUAAUAGUAAUAAUAAUAAUGAUAGUAAUAAUAAUAGUAAUAAUAUAAGUAAUAAUAAUAAUAGUAAUAGUAAUAAUAAUAAUGAUAGUAAUAAUAAUAGUAAUAAUAUAAGUGAUAAUAAUAAUAGUAAUAGUAAUAAUAAUAAUGAUAGUAAUAAUAAUAGUAAUAAUAUAAGUGAUAAUAAUAAUAGUAAUAGUAAUAAUGAUAAUAGUAAUAAUAAUAGUAAUAAUAAUGGUAAUAAUAAUGAUAAUGUUAAUAUACCUUCUAGUAUACCAUUAAAUAAUUUACAAGGAACUAAUGAAAAUAAUAAAAAUACAAAAAUAAUAAGAACACAAAAUAAUCCCCCCUAUACAUAUAUUAAUAAUAGAAUACAGACACAUCAUAAUUUAAACAAUAAAUCUGAUUGGUCAAAAUGCUCCAAUAAAAAACAAGACACAUUUCAUAAACAUAUAAAUAAAACAUUUAAACAAAAUAAUAAAAAAAAUAAUAAUAAUACUACAUUAAUUGAUCAUUUAAUAAUACCCAUUCAUAGAAGAUAUUCAACUAUAUAUCCAAGUAUAUAUUCAAUAGAUUAUAAUCUUUUAAAAUCUAAUUUAAGGAAUCAUUCAAUAACACCGCCAACAACAACAACAACACCAACACCACCACCAACAACAACAAACUAUAUUGAUAGAAUUGAAUUAUUUGAUAAAACAAUUAAACAUAUAUCAUCUAAUGUGAAAUUAAACAAGAAAACAGAAUAUCCGAACGACAAAUUAAAACAUAUACUAUUUUCUUCUUAUUCAUCAAUUUCUACAUCUAGUUUAAUAAGUAGUAUAUCAGUAGAUAGAAAACAUUUUGUGCAUAAUAAUAAUAAUAAUUCAUUUGAAUUAUUCAAUCAUAAAGAACAAUUUUUAUCAUUACAAGAUUAUUGUCAAAGAAAAAUCUCUUUUAUUAAUGAUAAAAUUAAACAUAAACAAGAAACUUCUCCAUUACAACUAAGUGGAGUGAAUGAAUUGUCAUUAUCGCCAAGAAUUUACUAUGAUAAUUAUAUAGAAGAUGAUAAUGAUAAUGAUGUAGAUGAUAAAGAAAAUGACACGAAUAGUCACAAUGAUGAUUAUGAAAAUGAAAAAGUUAAGCAUAAAUUAAAAAUGUCACUUUCACCUGCAGCUCAACGAUAUGAAGAACAUGUAUUAGCUACUGUUUCUAGUAGACCAUAUAAUAAAACUGGGAAUCAGAUAUUUUUUAAUGAUCAUAAAAAUUAUGUAACUCAUCAAAAUCUUAUUAAAAAAGUUCAUAUAUUACCUGAAUGUCAGUACGAUAAAAAACCUAUAGAGAUUAUCAAAGAUUAUAAUUAUGAUGAAGAAGAAAAUGAUUCAACUAAUCAACAAAAUGAAGAUUUAUUUAAUGCAGAAUUAUGGCGUGAGAAAUUUGGUGCUAUUACUAGAUGGAGACGUGAAGUUGAUGAUGCUAUGUUAGCUGGUGAAACAGAAAGAUUUCAUUCACCAGAAACUAUAUUACAUGAUAAUUGUGUAAAAGAAGAGUUCAGUAGAUCUCCUAUACCUAAUCAACACAAUGUAACGAACUAUUUAAAACCAACAAUUGUUCAAGCAAAUCCUUUUCAAUCAAAUGGGUUAUAUUCAUCAAUAAAUAACGUAGAAACAAACUAUUCAACUUCAUCUCCUUUUCCAAAUGUACAAUCCUAUACAAAUAGCAAACCAUUGGUUAGUGGAAAAGAAGCAAUUGGAACAAAACAGCAUAUAUUGUGUUCACCUAACAAUCUAAAGUCAAAUACAUAUCAAAUACCAAUGACGAAAAAUAUGAAUGUGUAUGAUAAUGUGGUACCAAAGUGCUAUCAGCCAACAAAUCAUACUGUACCAUCCAAAGUUGUAAUCAAUCCUAGUGGAGUAGCAAAUGAUCAAACUUAUCAAUAUGAUAAUAAUAUUCGACCAGAGGACUCACAACAGAUCAAUUCAAAAUAUCAAGCAAUAAGGAUUAAAGCACCUAUACCUAAAUUACAAUGUUCACGACAACGAUCGAAUUCAGGUAAUGCUGGUGUUUUACAACCUGGUCAACAAAUAGAAAAUUUUACAAAUAUACCCAAUCAUUAUUAUUAUCCAUCCAGUAACCCAGUGAAUUUAACACCCAAUAUUCAAGGAUCAAUUCAUCAUUCAUAUGAACCAAAUAUUCCAUUAUCCAAUAUGAAUUCAUCUAUGAAUAAAUAUAAGAAUUCAACAAUUAAAUCAUUUCGAAAUUUUCUCACUCCAAAAUUAAGACGUAAAACAUAUGAAUUGGAUAGAACAGAAUCUGUCCGAUCGAAACAAGAUGAUCACAAGCUAAUGAAUAACUCAGUUGAACAACAUUUAGAUAAUAAUAAUUCAAGAUCAAUAAAUGAAAGAAAUAAUCCAUUGAAAAAAGUUGUCUCAUCAACAUCUUAUACUGAUGCGCUCAAUUUGGCUGUUGCUGCUAAUACGGCAUUAAAUGAAGCAUUUAAUCAAUCUAUAACUUCAACAGAUUCCUGUCAGAAAACUAAUUCAACUACCCCGAUAUCCUUCAAACAACAGAAAUUCAAAACUACCACUUCACCAAUCAAUCCAGGCUCUUCAAUAAUAACUAAUGAAAGAUCACCAGCUGAAGUAAAUUUAACACCAAUUGAUGUAGUCAAAAUAGAAAAUAAAACGAAUACCUGUAAAUGGACUAAAAUUAGUAAACCAUAUAAAAAUAUCUCUCUUUCUCCAAUUUCAUCAAUUUCACAGUAUAAUAAUGGAGAUAAAAAUUCAUCAGUAGACAAUCCAAUGGAUAAGAACAAAUUUAAAAUUGAUACAACAGAACAAACAUUGUAUUCAGAUAAUAAAUGUAGAAGCCCUAAAUUAUUAAUAAGUGAAAAAUCAGAUGAUUUCACUGAAACAAAUACAGAUACUAAACGGAUACAUGGACGUGUGAAAUCAAGCCUUCGUCAUUCUGUUACAUUAAGUCCAUGUCGUCGUAAACCAGAUGUAACUUUAGAACAAUGUAAUAGUCCAUAUCUUCAACCAAGUCCAUUAGCUUUAAGCUCAGGAUUUGUAUCAGCUGGAUCAAUUGUGAAUACAGUUGAAGAAUGUAAUGAAAAAAUGAAUAAAGAUGGAUUUGUAGAAACUUCAUCAAAAGUAAAAUCUGUUCCUCCACCAGUUGGUGUUCAUGACUAUCCUAUUGUUACUAAUUUAGAAAAAGAUUUAAACAAAAUUGAUAGUUUAAUUAAUGACUCUUUAAACAUUCAUCUAACUGAUACUACUACUUCACAAAGAAAAUCAAAUCCAUCUGAAUUAUCCAAUAACUCUAUACAAAAGUCAAAUGAACAACAACAACAAUCUAAACCUAAUAAAUCAUUACCAUUACAAACAUUACCACCAUGUAAAUUAUUACUUGGUCGUGUAGCAUCUAAUGAAGAUAUUUGUAUUGAAACUGAAACACCAUUUUCAUUUAAUAUAGCUGCUACUGAUAAAGAGAUUUGUAUAACACGAGUAGCUUCCGUUGAAGAUUUAAAAUGUCAACAAAACCACCAACAUGAUCCAUUAAAAGGUAACAAUAAUCCUAAUAAUAAUAAAUCAAUAAAAAGAAAUUAUAAACGUAUACCAAUUAGUUUACGUUUAACAUUUGGUUCUGAAUCAAAACUUAAUCAAUCCAUUGUACAUUCUAAUGAAAAUUAUCGUGCAAUGUAUUAUGUUGAUAUACCACAAUGUUCUAGAACAACUGAAUUAAGACGUAAAACAAAUCCAUUAAAAAAUUAUAAUACUAUUGAUAAUCAUAAUACACAAAAUAUAAUACGUUAUAGUUUACCAUGUAUUACAUAUUGUGAAGAAUUACCAAAACCUAUUUCAUUAUUACCACCAUUAAGUAUAGAAAAGAAUCGGUGAUAUUGAAAGUGUUCAAUGAAAUAUCAUUUUUUUUUCUUCUUUUCCACAUCAAUCUAAUGUUAACCUUAUAGGUAAAAGAAAAAAAGAUAUUAUACUGUUAAUGAAAUAUCUUCCUCUCAUUUUUUGAUUCUGUUAAUAAUAUAUGACAAUGAAUGAUUGAAUGAACCCUUUUGAUAAAAGAAGAUAAAUGAAAAGUCAACAAAAAGAAAUUGUACUAAUGAUUAUGCAACAUUGAAUUUCGAAUGUAAUUAUUACUGCAUUUAAAGAAGAAAAAAAAGAAAAAAACAAAAAAAAAGAAAAAAAACAGAGAGAUAACCUAUUACUGUUUAUGUAACAUUAUUGAUAUAUUAUAAUAAUAAUAAGUAAUACUUGUAUAAAGUAUUUGAAAGGAUACUAUUAUCUUUAAAAAAUCAAUAUUUUGUUGUUUGAAAUUAUUCAAUAUUUAACAUGAACAAUGUACUGCUAUUUAAAACCCUGUUACCCUUUUUGCUAUUUCAGAUUUUACUUAAUUUAUUGGUUUUAAAUCCUUUUAUUAUAUAUAUAUAUGUACGCGUGUUAUAACGUAUGAGUGUGUACGUGCCAUGUUUAGUAUAUGAAAGUGCUGAUCCCCGUCAAUCAGAGAGGAGCGAAUUAUCGAUUGGGACAGUGACACACGAAAACCAUAUGAGCAGUCUUGAGUACUAAUCUGUCCUGCUUCUGCCUAGCUCAGUCAGUUAAGAUCAGAACACCAAUAACAGCCUCUGAAAUAUGAAUCAUUAUUCACAAACAUAAUGGGUUUAUAUACCAAUCAAACAGACUACAUCGUACCAUAAAAUUGAAAAUAACAUUUGUA